ACAAAAACGGCGAAAGUUUGCGAAAAGGAGCUCGGCUUGCCUGACAGCUUGUACCCAGCCCCAGAGAAAAUGGGAAUCCUCCCUGUGUAGAUGGACGAGGUGAUCUGGAUACAUUUAAAAAUAAACAAGAUGGCGGGUUGCGAGCAUUAUGUAAGGAAAUGUUCUUUCCUGGCACCGUGUUGUGGAAAGAUUUACCCUUGCCGCUUUUGUCAUGACAAUGCUGAGAAAACCCAUGAACUAGAGAGGAAGAGUAUUCAACAGAUCAAGUGCAAUCAGUGUGAUAAACUACAAGCUGUGGUCUCACAUUGUACAGAAUGUGGAAUCAAGUUCGGAUUUUACUUUUGUGAAACUUGCCGUCUCUAUGACGACCGGGAUAAGGGCCAGUUUCACUGCGAUCUUUGUGGAGUUUGUCGCGUCGGGGGCCAAGAAAACUUUUUCCACUGUUUAAGGUGUGAUAUGUGCUAUCCAAACAGUAUAAAGAGAUCUCACGUCUGCAUCGAGCAGAGCUCGAGAGCGGACUGUCCGAUUUGCAUGGAGGGCCUACACACCUCUCCUGUUCCUUGCCAGGUGUUGAGAUGUGGCCAUUUAUUACACCAGACGUGUUUUCAAGCGUGUUUAAAGUCACAACUACGGCUCUGCCCUCUGUGCUCGACAUUGAUGGUUUGAAUUUGAGAUUGAAAAAUAAGAACAGAGUCAAUUUGGAUCAUAACGUACAAUAGUUGAGGAUCGAUGGCAAGUGUAGCAUGAAGAGCCAAAAUAAAACAGCCUUCAAGUCACAUUUUACCAGUUAUGUGUGGGAGCCAACAUUACCUUAAAUGCAGAUAUUGAAGGAGAGAUUUUUGAUUUUGGCUCUUCUUUUUGGAUAUGUGUACCUCUUUUUCUUUUUGAGUUAUUAAAGAUGAAGAGAACAGCAUGAAUAGUGUCCUGUGAUUUCCCCUCCAGGGGUGGCACCUACCUCUUAAAAGCAUCUAUAGGGAGGUCUCCUUACUACCCCCACGAGGAAGAUUUUAUUUUGAGAGAUUUAGGUUAGUGAAACUUCCAAAUGCAGUUUCAAGUCAUUGCAAACAUGCUCUCACAAGCUAUUAAGCUAAGGACUUUCAACCUCAGCAAAAGUUGUUCUUAUAU